GUUAUUGCUUAGAUGCCGAUGGCGUCUUGCCUCAUUCCACAUGCACAUGUCGGUAGCGAAACAAAUACAUGAAGUAGGCGCACACAGUUACGCCAGCGCAAGGCGCAGGCUUUGCGUCGAUCGCAAUCGAUACGUUGAAGCAUCAUGUAGCGUUAUGUUACGAAGCGUGAUGUUUCUGGGGGUUUUUGAAGCGCGAAAAUGUCCACGCGAACGUGUGGCCCAUUUUCUCACGAAACCUACGUGGACAAGGACAUCACUUUGAAUGACCCGGUUGGUACGUGCAUUCCGUGGGGUUACGCUUGAUCGGGAAGUUUUCCAACGCACGUGACCCCAAAGCAGCAUUGACGGGCAAGCCGGAAUUGAACGUACUUUCCCAAUCGAACAGUUUUCGACAGCGAUAGGAUAUCCGUAUACUGUUGAACAACGUUAUUGCCUUCAUUUGGAGCUACCUUGACUCGAUGAUCACGAUAACGGUUUCCUAUGCCAUUCCAUUUCCAACCAUCAAGAAGGUCUAGGUCAGCCGACAUGCAGUUUCAUAUAUUCAUUAGAAGCAUCAAGAGUGCAUCUAGAUAUCCAAACAAGCUCUUCUUCUAAAGUUUGAGUUCCUUUAUGUCGUCUGGAAUGGACAUGAUGUAUCGCUAGUGGCAAGGUUAUUAAUCACGAAUUGGGUGCAUGCUCGUCUAGUCAUCACGGCAGCUUUUUUGCAGACUCCAGCAACACUUCGAUGACGUGUCGUUGCUGUGAUGCAUUCACAUCCGGAAGGUGUGCGCGUCGAAUUCAACCAGUGAGGUCUCCCUUUGCUUCCUCCCCAAAAGACCCCAAGUCCUUCUCCAGUCUUCAACUACCGAAAAACCGGCUGAACGCGCUUGGAAUAUGACAUGACCGGAGUGCCUACCAAAGCGAGAACAAGUCCGCUGCGGAAAAGAGAAAUACAACAAGAAGAAGGGAUAGAGAGAGGGAGCGUGGGAGAGAGGGAGCGAGGGAGAGAGAGAGAGAGAGAGAAAGAGAGAGAGAGAGAGAGAGAGGGAGAGAGAGAGAGGGAGAGAGAGCGAAAAGCAGCCACGAAACUAUGAGCAAACGAAAUGGAAGAACGGCAAACCGCAAACCGAAAAAAACCACCGUACCCAAGUCACGGUGGAGUGAACGGACUGGCCGAACGCCGUUCGCGCUGCCAAGCUCUCCCCGCCAUUCGCCGGCCUGUACCGACAGCACGACGGCACAACACAGGCGGCACAUCCCCCGCCGGCGUUCGACGUUUGGCGUUCGGAGGGAUUCAUCAAAAGUAAGAGUAUUAUCACCUGCGCUGGAUAGUCCAUUCAAAUCUACUGAAGUGUUCGGAAGUGCCUGAACCUUCUGCUAAGCGAGCGCACAGCGUACCGAUUUGCUACACGGCUCCCCUCAAAAGUGUGUGUUUGUGUUAGCGCGUGCAUUUUGAGCCGUGCGUGAACGAAGUCCCACAGUGUGAUACGACGUAGGACACAGCACAGACGGACAAGUGUUACCAUCAACAAUCAAAUCGCCGUUCAACCCUAACCGGAAUCGGAGUCACCAUGCGCUACAUCUUGGUCGUUUUUGCGGCAACCGUCGCGUGCAUCUAUGCACAAAGCUUCAAGUGUCCACCAAAGGACGGUCAAUACGAGGACCCGGUCCAGUGCGACAAGUUCUACGAGUGUGUCGAUGGACGUGCCACCGAGCGACUCUGCCCGGAUGGGCUCGUCUUCGAUCCUACCAUUCGCAAGAUUAACAAGUGCGACCAGCCCUUCAACGUAGACUGCGGUAACCGUGAAGAGCUGCAACCACCGCGCGGCAACAACCUGUGCCCACGACGCAACGGAUUCUUCGCUCACCCGGAUCCGGCCGUCUGCAACGUGUUCUACAACUGCAUUGAGGGUGAAGCUAACGAAAUCACCUGCACCGCUGGGCUGCACUUCGACGAGUACACGGGCACGUGCGUCUGGCCGAAUGAUGCCGGCCGUCAGGGUUGCAAUCCCGGAGCAAACAAGAAACUGAAGGAUGGAUUCACCUGCCCGAAGGAUCAGAAGACGGACGAGGCCGGGCAGGUUGUGGCCCACCCGAAAUAUGCUCACCCGACCGAUUGCCAGCGGUUUUACGUCUGCCUGAACGGUGUGGAGCCGCGUGAUCUCGGCUGCCAGGUCGGAGAGGUGUACAACGAGGAGACAGAGCGAUGCGACGCACCCGAAAACGUACCCGGCUGCGAGGACUGGUACAAGGAGAGUGACGAGAAGAAGAACUGAGCUGCCGUCAUGAAAUCCCUCACCCCAAGUUCCCUCGUUCCAGUUGUCCCUCCUAUUCCCCACUUAAUUCCCACUUUUUAGUUUUUCGUCCAGUAAGAUGAGGAACGCCAAGAAUUUGCAGACUGAUGACACCUUCUCGGAAAUAUCCGACAUUCACCAUACCAGAAUACAGUAAAGAAAGAUACAUAAGUUAUCAGGAAAAAAGGAAGAAAAAAAAGAAAAAGUAAACAAAAACAAAAUGGCGACGGUCACAGGCCGUGCGCGUUGCGAUAUGUCGUUUGUUUCUGAACAA